CACGACGGAGCACACACGUCUACGUAAUAUGAAAUCACGAUCAAAUAACAAACCCCGCAACCAGAGUUAUAUAUUUCGAAUCCUGCAACACACAUUUUUCUUAUCAUCGUUUCUUCUCCUCUGUUUUUUUUUUUUGGUUUCUCCAUAAACCCUAAAUCAAGAACCAUAAAUAAGAACAGAGUUUACACUUUUUUUUUACCAAAAGAAACCAUGCAAAAGCUAAAGCUCCUCUUCUUCAUCAUCCUCUCCCUCCUCUUCAUCGCCGCCGUCGCCGCCGGAGAAGAUCGAUGCAAAUGCUCGCAUGACCACGACGGAGAGAAAAAAUCCGGUGCCCGGAAAUACAAGCUCGCCGCCAUACCCUCCGUCCUCGUCGCCGGAAUAAUCGGAGUCCUCUUCCCUUUGCUGGGCAGCGUUUUCCCGCCGCUGCGUCCCGAGACGUCAUUCUUCUUCGUCACGAGGGCCUUCGCCGCCGGCGUCAUCCUCUCCACCGGAUUCCUCCACGUCUUGCCGGAGGCCUUCGGGAAGCUGAGGUCACCUUGUCUGAGCGACCAUCCAUGGAAGUUUCCGUUCACCGGAUUCAUCGCCAUGGUCGCCGCGAUCUUGACUCUAUCUAUCGACUCAUUCGCCACUUCCUACUUCCAGAGAUCGCAUUCCAAGAAUCAGAAGAUCAGCGACGGAGAAGAGCUCGGGAUACACGGCCACUCCCACGGCGGCCUGACGGCGGUGGAGUCCAAAACUCAGCUCCUCCGCAGCCGAGUCAUCGCACAGGUGUUGGAGUUGGGGAUAAUAGUACACUCGGUAGUGAUAGGAAUAGCACUUGGAGCAUCACAAGAUCCAGACAAUGUUAGAGCUUUGUUCACUGCCUUAAUGUUUCACCAAUGCUUUGAAGGUCUUGGCCUCGGUGGCUGCAUCACUCAGGGGAAAUUCAAUUGUAUGACAAUUACGAUAAUGACACUGUUCUUCUCGGUGACGACACCGGUCGGAAUAGGUGUCGGGAUGGAAAUCUCGAGCAGAUACGAUGAAUCGAGUUCAACGGCUCUGAUCGUUCAAGGUGUCCUGAACGCUGCCUCAUCGGGCAUCCUCAUCUACAUGUCUCUGGUGGACCUUCUCGCACCAGAUUUCAUGCACCCCAAAUUGCAAUCCAAUUCUGGGCUUCAAAUCAUGGCCCAUAUCUCUCUCCUCCUCGGUUCUGGGCUCAUGUCUCUCCUUGCUUAUUGGGCCUAAAAGCCCAUUUAUCACCUUCACUCCCUUUCCGUUGUAUAUAUAAAAACAUAAACAUAUAUA